AUUCUGUGCGAUAGAGGCCUGCCUCGCCUUUUCUCUCGCACCUAUUCUUUACAGACAUCCUUCGUUUCACAUGAAAAAAGUUGUUAUGGUUAUUUUUGAGGGGCCGUUGACUAGAUGAGACAGAUAAGAAGAGAAAUAGCUUUGUAUCUCUAUUUCUUGACUGAAUAAUCAACCACUCCCCGGUUAUUGCAUCAAGGCCCUGCCCCUCUGAUUCCCGACCGGCUUCCUGUGUUUGUGCGGUUCUCACAAGCCAGGGAGUGAGGAGGAGCAGAACUGGGACUUGAGCGAGCGAAGGGCCGAGCUGCCACCUCAACAUGGAGUAGCCUAGUGUCCUCGACAACAGUAGCGGAUCACAAAGAGGAAUACUCGAGGGGUUAUUUUUUUUUACAAGGAGGCACCGCAAAUGAUACCACGUCAAAGAUUCCACAACGCGAAGGAAGGAUCGGUUUAUAUUUAAAAGAUGGCGAACGACUCUCCGGCUAAAAGUCUGGUCGAAAUAGACCUGGCUUCAUUGCGGGAUCCAGCAGGGAUUUUUGAAUUGGUGGAAGUGGUCGGAAAUGGCACCUAUGGACAAGUAUACAAGGGGAGACAUGUCAAAACUGGACAGCUGGCCGCCAUCAAGGUCAUGGACGUCACAGAGGAUGAGGAGGAGGAAAUCAAACUGGAGAUCAAUAUGCUCAAGAAGUACUCCCAUCACAGAAACAUUGCCACGUACUACGGUGCUUUUAUCAAGAAGAGUCCCCCGGGGCAUGAUGACCAACUGUGGCUGGUGAUGGAGUUCUGUGGGGCGGGCUCCAUCACAGACCUGGUGAAGAACACUAAAGGCAACCAGCUCAAGGAGGACUGGAUCGCCUACAUCUCCAGAGAAAUCCUCCGGGGACUGGCCCACCUGCACGCCCACCACGUCAUCCACCGUGACAUCAAGGGACAGAACGUCCUGCUCACAGAGAACGCCGAGGUCAAGCUUGUGGACUUUGGCGUGAGCGCCCAGUUGGACCGGACGGUGGGGAGGAGGAACACAUUCAUCGGGACUCCCUAUUGGAUGGCUCCCGAGGUCAUCGCCUGUGACGAGAACCCUGAGGCCACCUACGACUACAGAAGUGACUUGUGGUCAACUGGAAUCACUGCCAUUGAAAUGGCCGAAGGAGCUCCUCCACUGUGCGACAUGCAUCCGAUGCGAGCACUCUUCCUCAUCCCAAGGAACCCUCCCCCGCGACUCAAGUCCAAGAAGUGGUCUAAGAAGUUUUGCAGCUUCAUCGAGGGCUCCCUGGUGAAGAACUACAACCAGCGCCCCCCCACCGAGCAGCUGCUCAAGCACCCGUUCAUCAGAGACCAGCCCAACGAGAGGCAGGUCCGCAUCCAUCUCAAAGACCACAUUGACCGCACCAAGAAGAAGAGGGGGGAGAAAGAUGAGACUGAAUAUGAGUACAGCGGGAGUGAGGAGGAAGAGGAGGAUGCUGGAGAGCAAGAGGGAGAGCCUAGGAGUCGACGCUGCGUAAGGACUUCAUCCGGCUGCAGCAGGAGAACAAGGAGCGCUCGGAGGCGCUGCGCCGACAGCAGCUCCUGCAGGAGCAGCAGCUCCGUGAGCAGGAGGAGUACAAGCGCCAACUACUGGCCGAGAGGCAGAAACGCAUUGAGCAACAGAAGGAGCAGAGGAGGCGACUGGAGGAGCAACAGCGACGCGAGCGCGAGAUGAGGAGGCAGCAGGAGCGUGAGCAGCGCCGCCGCGAGCAGGAGGAGAAGAGGCGCAUGGAGGAGAUGGAACGACGGCGGAAAGAGGACGAUGAGCGCCGGAGGGCGGAGGAGGAGAAAAGGAGGAGCGACCGUGAGCAGGUAGGUCUUUAA